GGUAUGAUCCGGGAUAUGAGUCAGAGCUACGCUAUCAGUAUAUGGGUGCUGGCAGCGACGGUGUUAACGAGUUCGCUGCUCUGGCUCCUGAUGCCUGCUGCCUCCCGCUAUCACCGGCGCAAAGCUAAGGAAAAGGAAGGGGAGGAACUUACCUAACAGUGCUAAACUGGUAGUGAAUAAGGAAAACUGAAGAAUACCACUUAAUACACCACAGCUCAACUCCAUCUCUUCAAACGACGCCUCCUAGCUUUGUUGCACAUGAAGCCUUUUUAAUUUUAUUUUCCUGACAUUUAGGUUCAAUGUAUCGAAUUUGCAAUUAAAUUUAUGAAUAAAGGUCGCUUCAAAAGCUGGUUCUAUUACAAUGGAUGGGAACAAGAAAAAGAGAUUUUGAGAAAAAAAGACGGAUUAAGUUAGAUCUUGCAAGAAAGGUGAAACGAGAGGAAAUUUCAAGAUAGAUACUUCUAUAUCUUUUUAAAAUGUUACUCUUUGUCGAUCUUUUCUUCUCAGGAAGAAAACAUAAACCUAAGAGAUGAAAUUAAAACUUAGGAGGUACCGAAGCUCUAUUAGAACUUAAAAAAGAAGAAAAACACAUUUAUAAUAUUAUAGACAGCUGAUUUUACUAAUGAAAUUAAAGGAGCAUUAGAG